UAGAAGUUCAACCUAAUUUUCAUUUUUUGCAAAACAACAAUAUUUUUCCUAACAAAGUGAAGUACAGCUUUGUCUAAAGGUAGAUAACAAGGUGGAUAAAACCGAAAAUUAAAUUAUCAAAGCAAUAAUAUUAAAAGAAAUCUGCAUAAAGGGCGAACCGUUUGACUUUUGUGGGGGAGGGGUUGGGUGAUUUGGUAUAGGCAUGACUUCUUGAAUCCCUCUCACGCACUAGGAUUUUUUAACUUGAGCCGUGAAAAUGCAUGAUAUUUUUUUCUCCGUGUAACAUGGUUUUUUCCGCUCAAUGGAGGUGAGUGAAUGGUUUUUUCCGCUGUGUUCGUGUGUACGAAUAUUUGUUCGGUAAAAAAAUAUGCGUGCAGGGUAUUUCUUUUCAAAGUCACCCAGUCCCUCCCCCUUGAAAUUCAAAUGGUCCCCCCUGAUCUCUUCAUAGUGAAACAAGAGAAAUGUCUCUUGAGUGAAAUUAUUGAAUAAAGAAUAGUAUAGAAAAACCGCAUCUGUUUUGGACCUUUGUUUUCUUGACAAGAAAACAGGUGGCAAUUUUUUUUUUACCAUUUUUAUCGGCCCAAAAAAGAAAGUGGUCAAUUUAAGCAGCUUUAAACCCUUAAAGAUCUUAAACCGUCUCGUCCGCGACUGAAGACUAACUUGCGCGACAAUUUACGGUCAGGCUCAACAUUGCUCAGUCAAUUCUUGUAUUAAUUUCAGGUUAUGCAAUGGCAGAAUUCUAUUCAACGUACGUUGUUAACUGUGUGAUCAACGCCUUGUCUUCCUGCACCGCCAUCAUGUUGAACAUUUUAGCGAUCCACGCCAUGAGAAAAACUUUAUCGCUGCCAAAGCCUCUGAAAGCACUGCUUCUAAGUCUGGCUGUUUCUGAUCUUGCUGUUGGAUUAGUGGCUCAACCUUUUAACAUCGGAAUUAUGGUCAUGCUGUUAAAAAACACGCUCCCCCCUAGUUCCACUGGCAAGUUGUAUUCCUUCUUCACACAUAUAUUUAGUUGGACCUCAUUCUUUAACGUUGUGGCCAUAAGUGUAGACAGGCUCUUAGCGAUUCAGCUUCAUCUCAGAUACCAGGCACUUGUGACUCACAAGCGUGUUGUUGCAGUGGUGAUCUCAAUAUGGGUGUUCAGUAUAAUUCUUUCAUCUAUACUGACGUUCCGUUUCAUCCCAAUCAACGAGAUAACCCUUGUAGUUUUAGCCGUCACGAUGGGUCUUUGUGUUAUUUGUACAGCAAUUAUAUAUUGCAAAAUAUAUAUCACUGUGCGACGACACUCAAAAGAAAUUAAUGGUUUGCAAGUACCUCAGCAGGAAGAACGGAAUGGGGAACGAGUAAAUGCCGCGAGGCAGAGAAAAUCUGCCGUCGGUACAUUUUACAUUUAUCUUGUAUUUUUAAUUUGUUAUCUUCCAGAGUAUUGUAGGUUACUUCUUACUAUUUUGUUGCUGCACAAUGCAAAUACCAUUCCCAUGGUUAGAUUUUACUACUUUUCUUGGACUCUGUUGUUUCUUAAUUCGUCUUUAAAUCCUUUAGUUUACUGUUGGAAGAUGAGAAACAUUCGACGCGCUGUCAUGAACAUAAUGCGAAGCAUGUUUUCCAAGUCACAAGGAAAUAACGCUACACUGAACAGCGAUGAAGGCCGGACCAACAGUGUUCCACUGGCGGUUUAUUCACGCUGCGACAGUUAUACCGUAGAUAUGUGAUUUUUCUCAAUUAAUCAAUUUUUCCUUUUUUAUUUCUACUGUUAGUCGGUGAAUCUUGCUUGAAACCAAACUGAUGUAUCACGUUGUCAUUUUAAGGCUGCAGUUGCAGUAAAUAUUUUAGUAUUUUUAACUUAACGGCUAAAUUGAAAGUCAGUUCAGAUUUUCUUUGUACUUGCAUUUACCCGCAAACCGGCCGUGCGGGGCCAAAACGGAAUAUGAAUAUUAAAUACUACAUUAAAAUCGUUAGAGAAUUAACAGAAUUAACAGUCGUUUUUAUAGAAUACUAUUCUUAAUUAAGAAUUUAUUACAGUCGUUCAAACUCCUGCAGAAAGGCACACAAGAUAUGCGAUUAUUUGCUAAUUUUGAAAACUGUCCAAACUAAUUCUUAAUUUGGAUACUCGAUGUAAACAAGUAAGUUAGAAAGUUCCGUACGCAAUAUAAUAAAUUAAAACAGGUAAUACCAGAACAUCGUAGAUGGUAGCGAAAUUCAGAUUGUGAAAUGUUGUACAAACUAAAAUAUAUUCUUAUUUAGCAUGAAAAACCAUUUUACACCUGUAUAGUAUACCUCAUAUCUACUGUUUCCAUUCUAAACUAUGGACCUGUCCUCACUACGUCGGAGAAAUUUGAAAACAUAGCAUUAUUUCCGCGAUGGUUGGGCCUACCGUCCACACUAUAAUCCGUCACGAAAACGGAGCUUUUCGAAAACGCUCUUUAAACCGGAACAAAUAGAAAACGCCGCUUUGCAUUUUAGUAUUGUGUGGACAGAAAACAUCUUGAAAACGGAACUUUUCGAAAACGUUCUUUAAACCGGAACAAAUAGAAAACGCCCGCUUUGCAUUUAAGUAGUGUGGACAGAAAACAUCUUGAAAACGGAACUUUUCGAA